GGUUGAUCACCAUCACUGGAAUCAGAUGUGGCCAGUGUCUAUUUUGCAAUUGGUGUACCCUGGAAUUCUGAUACCGCUCCCACGCAUGUGACUACAGGCUACAGGAAGGAAUUUAAGGGGCUCGUGCAAGGGGCGGUGCAUCGUGUCUUUUACUAUACGCCAACUCAGCCACAUUUGAACAUCGCGAGUCUACUUACAACUCGCCUCCCCUCAUCCCAACUCGGCGCGGCAACACUGAACUGACUUGCGACGAUGCUGCCCUCCCCUGUCCGAUCUGCGCUCGACAUCAAGCUUGCUAUAGACCAUGCUGCAGAGUAUCUCGAGCCUAUAGGGGUGUGCAGAACGAAGAUGGAGAUGUGGCGAAAGUGCUAUUCUUGCAUGGACGACGAGGCCAGCGAAGUCGAGUCCACCGAGGGCAGUGAGGACUCGACUACUGACGGAGCAGCCGCAAGCGAAGAUAAUGAGACGGGCAUCCGACUCCUGCAGGAGCUCUAUGCCAAUCGAGAUCCGCCUCUUAAGGAUGGUGUUUUAGGAGAGCCGUUCAGUCUUGACAUCACACGUGCAGGCUGCGAGUUCUCUGGAGAGAUCGUGCACCAGCCCUCAAUCGAUCAAUCCGGCGAAAACGACAUGAAAGUGAACGACAACCGCGUGUCGCAAUGGUUCGAAAAUGCGACAGUCUCUCCCUUCGGAGACGUUCAAGCACAAGAGAACAAAGUCGACGAGAACGUUCGCAAUGCUCGAGAGAUUCUCGCCUCAGAGUUCCGUGUGUCCCCGGACCUUUGUCAUGAAAUCGCGACGAUUUGGGACCAGAAUUUUCUGCCACCCGGGGUGCGCGUUGAGCCAUACAAGAUUCAUUUGUAUGGGCCAGGCGGGAGAUUCCGCACGCACAAGGACACCCCGGAAAAGGGUCUCGUGGGGACCUUCCUCCUCGGUCUCGGAGACUCAACACCCGAUGACGGCCACUUGGAGGUUCUCGACGAUUGUUACAGGGCCGAUGCGGGGACUUGGGUAGCGUUCCACCCGAGCGUUCCACACGAAGUUACUCCCAUCGAGGACGGGUAUCGCGCCGUCGUCGCCUUCAAAGUGUUCAAGCGGGAGCCCGCGCCUGGUGAGGAAGUAAUUGCGCUAUCUCAAGACACCAUGCAAGAGAAGAUGCGCCCACGGAUGGACCGUGCGUUUGCCGUGAUGCACGCGCCGUUCGGACUCUUGCUCGAACAUCAAUAUUGCAUGGUGACAACCGAGUUCAACGGGUUUGACAGCAUGUUGUGCGACGUGGUGGUGAAGACCGCGCAGAAGCAUGGCUCCGGCGUGCAUUUUCUCCCCGUCCUGACUAGGUUCAACGGGCUCUACUAUUUCGACACUGACUCGGCCGGCCCGCCUGAGGCCGAGGCGCCAGUGUAUCCCUUGACAGAGGCGCAUGUGAAUGCGAUUCUGCAGGCGUUCCGCAGCAGGGACGUGCGGUCUAGGUAUGAGGAAUACAUGACAGCCAAAGGCAGACGUUACCUUAAGAUCACUACGCUUGACGUGAAGACGGGGCAAGAGUGGCUCGACUCGCUCAAAGACGUGCCGUUCUACGCCUUGGACUUUGAAAAGAGUUCCCUGGUCUGGAAAGAGGACAUUGAGCAAGGGGCAGAUUACACGGGCAACGAAGCGAAACCGGAGACUGAGGACAGCAUCUAUCUAUCUUACGCAAUGGUCGUGGUCCCUGAGGAGAAACGUGGUAAGAAGAGAAAGGCCAAGAACGAGUUGUAACGCCCUGUGAAAGCUGGAGACAGAUGGCUAGAGUUCAAUUGGUUUGUUGCUCAGAAGCACGGCUUUCCUACCAUUCUAAUUGAGGGUCGCAGCGCGUAUAGUUGAUAGUUGAUGAUGUCGAACUCAGAAUGUAGCUCGGAUGUUCUGCGUGCGUUACGUAGACAUCAACUAGGUUUGAAGCAACGUGUUUACUUGCG